GUCGAAGAAGUGGUAAAAGCGUAGAAGAAGAAGCGACCGUGUGACAUAAGUGCUGUGAGUGAAACUCCUGUCUGUGACAUUGGAGCAAAAAUCAUUAAGGAGGAAGAAUGGGAUCCACGUUAUCGUCCCCGUCAGCUCCCACGGUGAGCGCUGAGGCCAUCGCGAUCGCUCCUCCUCAGGGCUGCCCCAUGCACAACAAAGACGUUCAGCCCGUGAAAGUGUCUCCACCCUCAGAGUGUCCGAUGCACAAAGCAGAACCUGUGAAAGCCUCCCCACCUGCAGGCUGUCCCAUGCACCAAAAGCAGGAGGGUCCGGCCCACCAAGAGAGAGCCUAUGAGUUUGUGGAGUGUCCCAUGAAAGCAGCACGGGACAACAGUGACAUCGACCCGGCUAAUAUGAUGCCUCCUCCGAACCAGACUCCUGCUCCAGACCAGCCCUUCAGCCUUUCCGUCACCCGAGAAGAGUCCACAAUACCACGCCACGGGACUGAGAAGAACUGGGUUUAUCCGUCGGAGCAGAUGUUCUGGAACGCCAUGCUGCGGAAGGGCUGGCGCUGGCGAGACGAAGAUCUCGGCGCCGGCGACAUGACCAACAUCAUCAAGAUCCACAACAAGAACAAUGAGCAGGCCUGGCAGGAGAUCCUGAAAUGGGAGGCUCUUCAUGCAGCUGAGUGUCCAUGCGGUCCGACGCUGAAGCGGUUUGGUGGCAAAGCUAAAGAGUAUUCCCCGAGAGCGCUCAUGCGGAGCUGGAUGGGCUACGAGCUUCCUUUCGACCGCCACGACUGGAUCGUGGACCGCUGCGGAAAAGAGGUGCGCUACGUCAUCGACUACUACGACGGCGAGAUCGACAAGGAGACCUACAACUUCUCCAUCCUGGACGUCCGCCCCGCUUUUGACUCUUUAGGAGCCGUCUGGGAUCGCAUGAGGGUGGCCUGGUGGCGCUGGACCUCCUCAUGAACCCGGUUGACUGUGUGGACUCGUUCAAUUUCUCCAAACAAAACAGACUUCUGAAGGAACAACAAUGUCCUGGAUUAUACCUUCAGGCGCUCCAGGAAUUCAUAACUUAUUCUCUAACCAGUUUUAAGGUCACUCAAAGCAAGAAAAGCUUCCCAUCUCUACUUCUAUUUAAAGAUGCUCUGUCGCUGAACACUGCAGUUCCCCUUUCUCAGUUUGGUUUCUUAAAUUCCACACCGUCAGACAUCAGUUUUGGCUUGGACUGAUUAAUAUACUGUAGAUGUAUCAUGACCCUGUUUUUAGUUUAUUGAAGACUCGUAUAUUAUUUUUGACAAAUUGUAGUUGCAAAGCUGCUUUGCAACUGGACACAAUUGUUCUCCUUCCAUUGUGUGUAUGAAAUAUAGAGACACUGUUGUUCAAUAAAUGCAAUGACUUUCAAA